AAGAAGAUGCUUGAGAAUAUCCCCUCCGAUUUUCCGAACCCGGAUCUCUAUCUCUUUAAUUACGCUUGUCCUCUCCUAUAUCAAUACAAUUUCUUUCUUUCUUUCUCCCUCCAACCCAGUCCAAUUUCUCUGCCUCUCCCCCUCUCUCCUCUGUUUCUUCCAAAAUUCAAAACCAAGAAAAUGUGUGCCCACACUUGCCAAUCCCAACGACAACAACAGCAACUCAUUGAAGAACUGGAGAUCUUCAAGAUCAAAGGCAGAGACAGACGUGGUCGCAAGAUCCUUCGCAUUGUUGGAAAAUUCUUCCCCUCUAGGAGUUUGAGUGUCGACGUGGUGAACAAGCACCUGGAGCAGAAGGUGUAUCCGAAAUUGGGGAAAAAGGCAUUCUCGGUGGUGUACGUGCACACAGGCGUUCAAAGGUGCGAGAAUUUUCCCGGAAUCUCAGCCCUAAGAUCAAUCUACGAGGGGAUUCCGGUGGACGUGAAGGAGAAUCUUGAGGCUGUGUACUUUGUCCACCCGGACUUGCAGGCCAGGCUCUUCCUCGCCACCUUCGGUCGGCUUCUCUUCAGCGGAGGGCUAUACGGGAAGCUGAGGUACGUGAGCAGGCUGGAUUUGCUGUGGGAGCACGUGAGGAGGAAUGAGAUUGAGAUCCCGGAGUUCGUGUAUGAUCAUGAUGAAGAUUUGGAGUACCGUCCGAUGAUGGAUUAUGGUUUGGAGAGCGACCAUCCUAGGAUCUACGGUGCACCCGCGGUGGAUUCGCCCGUUCCAUUGUACUCCAUGAGGUGCAUCUCAUAAAGAACAGAGAGUAUGGAUGGGCCUUGUGGUCAACCUUUUCUCAAUGUGAGUGAUAGGCUUUUCUUACUUUUUUCUUUGGGUUUGGGCCUAUUUUUUUAUUUUUCGAUAGGACCUAGUUUUGUUAAUCGAGGAUGUUUUCUGAUCGGGUCGGGUGUCUCGGGUCGAUAUGUCGGAAUAGAUGGAAAAAGGGAACAUUUUUGAGGCGUGGACGACCCUCAGCUGCCAUGCCUGUGGAAGCUAGACAACCAGAAAAAUUACUCCUCAAACAUACACUCCGUCACCUUAUAUAUAUUUGUUUUUUCAUAGAGAUUCUUUGUGUGGACUGUUGUUGUAACUAAUAAGGUUGCUUGAAGGAGUCAAAUUUUGGUGGGUGUUUUCGUUUUUGGCUA